ACCAUCUUUCUAGAUUGGAUGCUGAGGUGGUGGAUACUUUUAGGAAGUUUGAGAUUGCAGAAUCUUUCCCCGAUGAGAGGCUCAUGUCUGCCCAACAUAGUUCAGAGGCACCCUGGUAUGCGGAUCUUGCAAAUUUCAUUGUUGGUAAGAUUGAGCCUAUUGACAUGUCUCGCCAUCUGAUUAAGAGAUUGAGAUCUGAGGCAAAACACUACUUCUGGGAUGACCCAUUUCUGUUUAAAAUAUGUGCUGACCAAGUAGUAAGGAGGUGUGUGUCUAAUCAAGAAGGGAGAGAGAUCCUGGAACACUGUCAUGCAGGGCCCACGGGGGGCCACCUUUCGGGAGAGCGGACUGCUCGAAGAGUACUUGACUGUGGCUUUUAUUGGCCCACUAUCUUUAAGGAUGCCCAUGCUUAUGUUUCAUCUUGUGACCACUGUCAGCGAACGGGGAACAUAUCCAAGAGGGAUGAAAUGCCGCAACAUUACAUUUUGCCCUGUGAAUUAUUCGAUGUAUGGGGCAUUGAUUUCAUGGGACCCUUUCCGAGCUCACGAGGAAACAAGUUCAUUCUAGUUGCAGUCGACUAUGUGUCCAAGUGGGUGGAGGCCCAAGCAUGUUCGAAAAAUGACACUCGGGUGGUUGUAAGAUUCUUAAGGAAGCUGUUUGCACGAUUUGGCGUCCCAAGGGUUUUGAUUAGUGAUAGAGGUACCCAUUUCAGAAGUGACCCAUUGGCUCGUACUUUGCUGCGGUAUGGCAUUCAACACAGAUGUGGGGUGGCUUACCACCCCCAAUCUCAGGGACAGGUGGAAAACACAAACAGAGACAUCAAGUCUGUAUUGGAGAAAACAGUUUCCAGGUCAAGGAAGGAUUGGUCUGACAAACUUGAUGAUGCACUAUGGGCACUUCGUACAGCAUACAAGACACCUAUCGGUACAACGCCGUUUAGGCUGGUUUAUGGGAAAUCAUGCCACCUCCCAGUGGAGAUAGAGCAUAAGGCGCUCUGGGCUUUGAAGACUGUGGUAUUUGACCUUCAGGGCGCUGUAAAAGAGAGAUUUUAUCAACUUGAUGAGUUAGAAGAGUGGCGGGCCUCAGCUUUUCACAACAAUCACCUUUACAAGGAGCGAGUGAAGCACUACCAUGAUAAGCACAUUAAAAAGUCACGAGAGUUUGAAGUUGGUGAUCAAGUUCUGUUGUACAACUCCCGGCUGAAAUUAUUCCCUGGAAAGCUGCGAUCUAGAUGGACUGGUCCUUUCACAGUGACAGAAAUCUACCCAUACGGAACCAUUGGGUUGUACAGUUCGGAGAAGGGAAACUUCAAGGUAAAUGGGCAGCAAGUUAAACUAUAUCAUGGUGGCCUAGUGAAUAAAGAGAAGGAGGUUUUGCACCUCACUACACUUGAGGUAUGAUUAAUUUGUGGUGUCCGGCUGAAGACGUUAAACUUAGCGCUGUUUGGGAGGCAACCCAAGUGAUGUUGUGGGUAUACCAUCAGAAAACCCUCACGAGACCCUCACUCGUCCUCUUGGGUUCACUGAGGGGUUCAAAAGGGCUUGUUGCACGUGCUAAGUGCAAUCGUGAUCCCUACGAAAGUGGCUUCUUCUAUUUCUUUUUUUUUCAUCAUUAUUUUUCAAUACCGUUUUAGUGUUGCAUCCUUGCUCCCAUUCGAUGUUCAUCAUUCUAUUGCAGUCAUGGUUGUGGCAUUUUUUUUGUAGUCAUCCACCCUUCCCUUGAGUUUUUGCUCUCUUUGCUUUUUCCCACUUAAACAAGGCAUUUUUUUCGUCAUCGAGGACGAUGUCGAGUUCAAGUGUGGAGGGGUUACAUAAUUGCUCAUGAAAAGGGGAGGAUAAGGAUUUGUGCAUAUUUGCCAUGCUAAGGUCACUGUGUUAGUUUUCUUCACCCAUUAUUGAUUUUCCCAAAUUUUCAAAAGUUUUUGUUAGCUUUCCCUUUUUGCUCCUGUAAAAUUAUCGUCCCUUCACUUUUUUAAUUAUAACAUUGUUAGCGAAUAGAAUAACUUACAAGCUUAAAUUGCUUAGCUUUUUCUGCAUAUACUUGAGGUGAUAGAGGCCUGUUUGCACCUACUUUCUUUCUCAUCCUCUAGUUUUUUCGGUGCAUUCAGUUUUGACUCAAUAAUUUCUGCAAGUUUAGUGUGAUUUUUGUAUUUAUUUUGUAUAUGUUGUUGCUAUUUGCCUGUUUGGGAAUUAAGAAGCUGAGAAAGAGUGCAGGUUUGUCUAUUUGGAAUGGUCUAUUUUUUUUGUCAAAUGAUUUCAACUGAGAAGAACUUGGUGGCGUCUUUGCAAAUAAGCCUUACCAGCCGUGAAAAAAAAGAGAAAAAGAAAAGGACAACACAAAAGUGUCUGCUCCAAUUCAAAUUGAUUCAAUAAGUGCCAAUGCACAUGUGUGUGUGAGUUGCUGGCUUUGGUUGAUGCAAGGAUUGUCGGCAAAGCUUAUCUCCCAAAAAGCAUACCUUUUUUAAGGGUUUAGAUGAGGGGGGUAACCAAGUUUGCUCAAAAAGGGUCAAGAGCUUAAUAAGAAGACUUUUCCAAAUGGGCAUAUCUGCAAUUCUCAGUCUGAUUGACCCAACAGGUAUUUUAGCUACAGUGUGUACAAAAUACUUACAAACAUUUCACUUUUCUUCUCUCUCACCCUCUAAAGUCCUCUUGAUCUUGUGUAUGAGUUUUAGCUUAAGCUGCUUGUAUGCUUCUAUCAUGACAUUGUUGGAUUAAAUUUGUUGACUGGUUUGGUGCAAUUAAAAGAAAAUCUAACAAAGAUGGUUGAGACUUGGGGAGGAUAACUGGUGGUUGUACAAAAUUUGCAUUAGUUACUCAAGCAUGUCAUGUUUGCACUGAUUAUUUUCUCUUCUCGCUGCUUGACGGUUUUGUGCUUGAGGGCAAGCACAACUUAAGUGUGGAGGGGUUUGAUAAGUGGCAACCAUGACUAGAUUUUGAGCAUGCUUUAGGCCCAAUUUUCCAUAUAAAUGUUUUUCUUUUGUCGCUAACUAGCGGGAAAUCCUUAGUUUUAUCAUUUUGGUGGUAUUACGCGUGUUUCGUUGUUUUUGGAUGGAUUUGCAGACUUUGGAACCCGUUUGAAGUUAAAUUGGAGUAAAGCUUGAAUUUUGGGCAGAUUAGUUGGGCCUCACAGCCCAAGAAAAAGGAAAGUGGCGUGUGUUUCUCUCAACCAGCAAACUCAAAAGAAAAAAAAACGGCAGCCAGACUGAUGAGGAUCAGCGGAGGAUUUUUAGGAAGAAAACGGUUCUUAAGCGAAGGAAUAGGCAGAAAAAAAAACGGCUGCGGAAGAGAUCAAAAUCAUCUCCCUGAUUAGCAUUUAAAGAGGAGGAAGAAUCACUCGACAACCUUUUUUUUCAGUCGCACCAUGCUUCAAGAAAAUAGGAGAUUAGCAGGCUGGGAUUUUUAAUUCUUUACACAUCUGCACCAGGGGAGAACAAGCCUCAAGUUGAAGAAAAGAAAACAAAAACUGCAGCCGCUAGUUUGGAGAAGAGCACCAGCCGUAUGUUCUGGAAAAAAAAAAUGCAGCAGCCAUAGGUUCUGUUUUUUUUUCCUAGAAGCAGCAAGAUGCAUUCAAUUUUAAUUCUUAAGUCUCAUUUGUUUCAGCUUUUUUCACUGGAAUAGCUUAGUUCUUUACCCUUUAAUCACUUAAGCACUACUAAUUGCUCUAGAAUUUCAUCUCAAUUGAUAUUGGUAUGUUAGUUUUUUUUGUGGAUUGGAAUGCAUUCAACCAAUUGUGUUAAUUUUUG